CCCCCCGUCCCGGGGGCUGAUUUGUGGAGAAAACUUUGGCUGAGGAGAAGUGUUGCUUGAAGGAAAACUAAUUUCUGGAUUUUGAACGAUUUAACCCCCACUGUGGUGCAGGAUAGGAACAUGACAGAAAACAAAGACUUGGAUGCAGAGAUAAAUACUCUGAGGAAUGAAGAGGUCAGAAAACAAGAUUUGAUUGAUAUUUCCAAGAGAAAGAAAAUCAGUUUCAAGAAUCUGACAAGAUUUAGGCAGCUUUCGCGAUGGAGAACUGCUGCCUUGUUUUUGGUUUUAUUUAUAUGUCUCGUCGUGGUGUUUGCAUUUUCCUUCAUCAUUCCUUGUCCGGUGAGGCCUGUGUCACAAAGGACAUGGAACACUAAAUUUGAAGAUGCAGUAACCUAUCCCCUUAUUACCCUGUGGGAUGUGAACAAAGACAAAGUUACAGACGUGCUGUUUGCAUUUAAAGAUAUGAACAGCAGUAAUAUUAAUGGAUUGUGUAUUACUGAAGGCCUUUCAUUUCCCUGUGCAUCUGUGGCUGUCCUCUCAGGAACAAAUGGGAGCCUCCUAUGGCAGAGAGGUUUGGAAGAGGAUAUUCAGCAUGUGCAAUGUGGGAUAGAAAAGCUGGGUGGGGAAGAAGAGUCUUCUGGAUGCCUGAUCAUUGGACAACUGCAGCUAAUUACUGCAGUUGAUUCUUAUACUGGAGAAACAUUGUGGAAACUGAAUAUGAGUUUUGCUACUAGCGUCUCGGUGAUGGGCCCUGCGUUGAUACUUCCAGAUUUGGAUGGUGAUGAUGUUGAGGACUUUCUGAUCUUUUUUAGAUCCCAUCAACAGGUGGGAUCUGUGAUGGAACUUAUCCUCUUGCUCUUGUCUGGCAGGAGUGGUAAUCCUAUUGGUCAACUGGUUCACCACAACACUUCUCAAGGCUUUGUACACUUCAGUCCACUGGUUCACAUUACCAACACUGGAGUUUACUAUGUUCUUUUUAUUCAAGGAACUGUUCAAGGAAUGGCACUAAGAGAUCUUUAUGCAAAGGCAACUGGAACACAGCCUCAGGGGUCCAACCUAAAUCAAGGAUUACUUAAAUCAGAUCCUGAGUGGGAGAAAAUGACUGAUCAGGAUUCCAGACAGAUAGAAAUAUACAGAUCCCGGACCGCUCAUUAUCUGCAGCGUGUGCAUGUCUUGGGAAAUAAUGCUGGGAAGCUGUUGAUCAGCACCAGUAACAUGAUUGAGCUUCUGGAUGGACAAAACUUACAAACCAUUUGGAGCCGUAAUACAACUCAGAUUAGAUGUCCUCCUGUACCUGGCUACUUUAACAACGAUGGAGUUUUUGAUUUUCUGAUUGAAGAUGUCAUUGAAAAGGACAGAAAGAAGGUAAUUAUCGUGGACGGAAAUAGUGGGAAGACUCUGUGGGAGGUGGAAUUGAUGUUCAGUGAAAACAGCCCCCAAGCUUCCUCAGUCAACACAAUGUCUAGGUCAACCUUUCUUUUCUGGGGUGAACUUGCAACAGAAACCAACUCUUCAGUGAUAGCAGAUUUUACUCUGAAAAAGCAGUAUUUGUAUAUGGUUCAUCCAUCACAUCCAAGCAUCAUCCUGGAGCUAAGUAACAGCACCGAGAAUGUAGUUGCUUUUACGACUGCCUUAUUUGAACGAAGCAGACAUGCCUGUAAUGUUCUGCUGAAGGGGCAAUCUGUAGGGAGUGAACCAGGAACUGUGUCGAUCACCAAGCAAAAAUUGAAAGAAGCUAUCAAUUUAAGUACUGUUCGACGCCUAAAGGGGAACGACGACUUCAGUGAUGAAGAAAUUAAGCAGUACUUCUAUAGAAUGAGAUAUAGUAGCUAAUAGCAAAUGUUUAAUAAGGCAAAAUUGAUGAACUUUUGAGUGAAUGAUUUAGGGUGAAUGAAUAGAAAAAAAAACUUUUCUUGCCAGAGUUCUUGUUUUGAUUCAUUACUCAACUAAAGACACCAGCUUGUAACUGUACCAAUACCAAAUACCGUUGUAGUUUAAGAAUGGUUUAAAAUAAUGUUCCUUUUCUAAAGAAUCUCACUUCAAUUGUUAAUUUUUAUUUGGACCGUUUGCAAAAUGUUGAUAUAAAAUAGUACAACGGCUUUGCAUUAUAAAAUUGAUUGUUCUGUUUCAAGGAAGAAAAUAAUUCUGGAACAUUUCAAUACCGUAAUCCAUCAUUAAAGUUACAAAGUGGGUGAAUCUAUUGAUAUUGACAUCACUAUUUAAGAUUGGCUCUGUGCGAUUGCAGUGGCCUAUCAGGCAGAUUUCUUAUAUAUUUCUAAAGUUCUAUUUAGUUUGAUUGUAGUACUGUACAUAGUUUGUGCAAUUUGAAUAUUGCAGAAUAUGUGGUCACUUCUGAGAUUAAUUGCGUGGUUGCCUUUCUGAGAGUUCUUACAUUAACCCACGGCUGUGACUUUAAACAGCGAACCGAAUCUGGGUGGAGAUUGAUUAUUGCAGUUAUUGAUUGCAUCAGAAAGUCAAUCUAAAGAUUAUACAACGCUAACUACAUUCAUUUUUAAUAUUAACUUGCAGUACAUUUUCAAUUUUUCUAUUUUUUAUUUGAAAUGUGCAUCCAACUCUUAAGUUUUUUUUUCCCGGAAACACAAAUCGAUUCUUGUUUUGCAGUGACAUUAAGUAAGUUUUGUUAAUUAUGAUUUUUAUAUGAAUUCCUGCUGGCUGGUUCCAAUAAAAGCCGAGGGCAAAUUAGCAUGGCCAUCCCAAGUCUUCCCCACCCCUUUUUCAGGUCCUCCUUUUAAGUGGUUUAAAUCUUAUGUAAUGUCAUGUAUAUACAGUAACCAAAAUCUUGACACAGGUGGUUAUGUAGUAGUCAACAAACAUGUUCAGGUGAUUUUUAAGCAAAUUUUCAGCUUUUAGUCAAACGCAAAGGUGCUAUUUGCAUAGCUAGUUGGAAUAUGGUAUGUUCAUAGAUUAGAUCUGCUGAAUCAGCUGAAUAACGCUGUGCUUUCUAUUAGACUACAAAAGCUGGUCAUUAAAUGUACAUUACUAUAAUAAACAAGUUAUAUUCAAGCAAUGGCUUGAUAGUUUACUAAUUACAAGAGCUUGAGCAGAAACUCCUACUUUCAGCAGGUUAUGUUAUAGCAGGUGGAUUGACCAGCACUGUACAUCUUAUUUAGAAUUUGACACUGCUGAGAAUUUUCCUAUAUAGCAGGAAAAAAACUUUUUUUCCAGAGUUAAUACAUAAUUUUGUACAGCGGUUUUCAAGUCAAGAGCAUGUAUCAAAGUGCUUCACAGUAUAUACUGUAAAGUGGAGUGAUUGUAUUUUGUGGGUGAACAGUUAUUGCUAAAUUUGAAUUUAAUAUAUUAAACUUAAUAUAAAUAGAAAUGAUCCCAUUAGUAAAAAAAUACUUUAGACAUUGGUGAACCCAACCAGAAUAUUUUUCAUUUCUGGAACUUUGAAUACUUAUGGAAUGAUCAGGAAACAGCUGCUCAUUCACUAAUUUUCAAUAUCAAACAUUUGCUGGGUAAAAUAUUAAAAUAGAUUUCAAUUUGAUUUGCUUGGAAUUAAACCGUAUUUUAUUUAAGUAUUGCUAAUUGGAUCUUAUACGAAUGCUGAAUAUAGAUGCAGAAUGUAAUAUUUUGGAGAAAAUAAUUCAGAGAAGAAACGAGUUGAUGCUACUGCAGAUGCCAAAAAUAUUCUCUCAAUGGGGAACAGAGAAUAGCAAUUACUAUGGUUGUUAUAACCGCAGUGUUCAAUUAUAUUGUUUUUGAUGCUACGAGGUGUCAACAAUCAACUGUUUUCAAUCAAUAAUAACUUCAUAAAAUAAUACUUGCAUUUGAUAUAGCAUCUUUGAGAUGUCUUCAAAAUAAGAGAUACAACAACAAAAUGACAUUUGUACAGCGCCUUUCACUUCGGAAGGAUGUCCCGAGGUGCUGGUGUUUCAUCACCCGAGGUGGGAGAAGGGAUCAGGGAUGGUGGUGGGUGUGGGGUGGUAGGAAGGUGCCCGAAGGCACUGUCGAAGAGGAGGGUCUUGAGAUGGGUUUUGAACGAGGCAAAGGAGGGGGUGAGGCGGAGGAACUGUGGGCUGGAGUUCCAGCGGGUGGGGGCAAAGUGACAGAAGGCCACCCGUCAAUGGUAGGGUGGGUGAGGCAAUUAGUUCGGGUGUGUGUACCCAUAGUGUACUGUAUUCAAUAUAUUGCAGUUUAAGUCGAUAAAUUUCAAUACGUCGCCGUAACUUAAAAAUUAAAUAUAUGUGCCCGAAAACUUAAGGAAUCGGGAAAUCGGGUGGUUACUAUUUAGGAGACUUGGUUAUCGAUUGUUAACCUAAAUUUUGAGACUCAUGUCUUCCUUAUUUUGCACUUUUUCAAACUUUAUAACAGACAGACGUACUACACUGAUGUUUUAUUGUUUACAUAUGAAAUGUAAAAUGCAAUGUAAGGUUCAUUGUUGAUACUUGAUCCAUAAUAAAUAUUUCUGAUUAAUCUGUCAA